ACGGGACAGAAGUGAAGGCUUAUAUAUGGAGAGCUCACCAUUCAUUCAACAUUACUCCACAGAAGCCACAGAAUAAACUACAGUGAGAAGAGAAAGCAGAGUGUGAACGGAAAUCACCAUUAGAGGCGUUCAAGGCCGUCAAUCGACACAUAAUAUAAGGUUUCUCUAUAGACUUGGACACACAGAAGGCAAAGAUGAAGCUGUUGUGUGUUGCAGCAUUGCUGCUGGUCGGCACUGUGUUUGCUGACGAUGAUGACAAGAGGGAGAAUGUGGGGACAGUGGUUGGAAUUGAUCUGGGAACCACCUACUCAUGUGUCGGAGUGUUCAAGAACGGUCGUGUGGAGAUCAUUGCCAACGACCAGGGUAACCGUAUCACCCCAUCGUACGUUGCCUUCACCAGCGAGGGUGAGCGUCUGAUUGGUGAUGCUGCAAAGAACCAGCUGACCUCUAACCCAGAAAACACUGUUUUUGACGCCAAGAGAUUGAUUGGCCGUACUUGGGGUGACUCCUCUGUCCAGCAGGACAUCAAGUAUCUGCCCUUCAAGGUAACUGAAAAGAAGAGCAAACCCCAUAUUCAGGUUGACAUUGGUGGUGGCCAGAUGAAGACGUUCGCCCCUGAGGAGAUCUCUGCCAUGGUGCUGGUUAAGAUGAAGGAGACUGCUGAGGCUUACCUUGGAAAGAAGGUCACACAUGCUGUGGUCACUGUCCCUGCCUACUUCAACGAUGCCCAGCGUCAGGCUACCAAGGAUGCCGGAACCAUUGCUGGUCUUAAUGUUAUGAGAAUCAUCAAUGAGCCAACUGCUGCUGCCAUUGCUUAUGGUCUGGACAAAAGGGAUGGGGAGAAGAACAUUCUUGUGUUCGAUUUGGGCGGCGGCACAUUCGACGUCUCCCUCCUGACCAUUGACAACGGUGUGUUUGAAGUGGUGGCCACCAACGGUGACACUCACCUUGGAGGAGAAGACUUCGACCAACGUGUCAUGGAGCACUUCAUCAAGCUGUACAAGAAGAAGACCGGUAAAGAUGUGCGCAAAGACAACCGUGCCGUACAAAAGCUGCGUCGUGAAGUGGAGAAGGCAAAGAGAGCUCUGUCUGCCCAGCACCAGGCUCGCAUUGAGAUUGAAUCCUUCUUCGAGGGAGAGGACUUCUCCGAGACCCUGACUCGUGCCAAGUUUGAAGAGCUGAACAUGGACCUUUUCCGUUCCACCAUGAAGCCCGUACAGAAAGUUCUUGAAGAUUCUGACUUGAAGAAAUCUGAAAUCAAUGAGAUUGUCUUGGUCGGUGGCUCCACCCGUAUCCCCAAAAUCCAGCAGCUGGUAAAGGAGUUCUUUAAUGGCAAGGAGCCCUCCAGGGGAAUCAACCCCGAUGAGGCUGUUGCAUACGGUGCUGCUGUUCAGGCUGGAGUCCUUUCUGGAGAGGAAGACACUGGUGAUGUUGUUCUUUUGGAUGUGUGCCCCCUGACUCUUGGUAUUGAGACCGUUGGAGGAGUGAUGACCAAACUGAUCCCCAGAAACACCGUUGUGCCCACCAAAAAAUCCCAGAUCUUCUCCACAGCCUCUGAUAGCCAGCCUACUGUCACCAUCAAGGUCUAUGAAGGUGAGCGUCCCCUGACAAAAGACAACCACCUUCUUGGAACCUUCGACUUGACCGGCAUCCCCCCUGCCCCUCGCGGUGUGCCACAGAUUGAAGUCACCUUUGAGAUCGAUGUUAACGGUAUCCUGCGUGUUACCGCUGAAGACAAGGGCACAGGCAACAAGAACAAGAUCACAAUCACAAAUGACCAGAACCGCCUGACACCUGAGGAUAUCGAGCGCAUGGUAACCGAUGCUGAGCGCUUCGCUGAUGAAGACAAGAAACUGAAGGAGAGAAUCGAUGCCCGUAACGAGCUGGAGAGCUAUGCCUACUCUCUGAAGAACCAGAUUGGCGACAAGGAGAAGCUUGGGGGCAAGUUGUCCGAUGAGGAUAAGGAAACCAUUGAGAAAGCAGUCGAGGAGAAGAUUGAGUGGAUGGAGUCUCACCAAGACUCUGAUACAGAAGAGUUCCAGGCCAAGAAGAAGGAGCUGGAAGAGGUGGUUCAGCCCAUCAUUAGCAAAUUGUACGGCAGUGCAGGUGGACCACCACCAGAGGGCGCUGAAAGUGAGCAAGAGGGUAAGGAUGAGUUGUAGGCAUGUUUGACGUCAGCUCUUGUCUCCAUUGCCUCUCUGGUAGUGGCAUCGAGAUGUACAUAUUGGACUGAUGGGACUCCUAGUGAGUGGAAUGGUCGGGAAGAGAUGGCGAUCAAAAACAACCAUGCUGAAUCUACAGAGAGACUUAUGAUACGUUUCAGUGUGUUUGAGAGGUUCUCUUCGCUGGAAGGCGGAGAUAUUCAUCAGCCCAGUACGAGGCUUGCUGCUGCUGUUCUCAGGCAGUCCUAUUGGGGUUCCGUGGUGGGAGGGAGCUAAUCGGGGUGGGAUAUAUGGAUGGUUGUAGGUUAUUCAUUGGUAGAAUACUUGUGGGAUCAAGGGCUCAUUAUGUUCACAGGCAACUUUCAAAAGUUAUUUAUUGAAUCUGGUCAUUGUACUUCUGGAAAUACAUUGAAAUAAAUGUUUGA